UCUACCUACUGCGGGGAGAAUAACGGUGAAAUGUUCAUAAGAAAAUACGUUAUACUAGACACGAAAUUCGAUUAUUUGAAUGGAAACCGAAGACUUUCUUUAUUGUUGGUCUAUGGUAUCAUUUCAACGUCAACUCAAAACUCAAACUCAAGCAUAAUAUAGUCAAUAUUGAAAUACCUAGUCGUUUAGCAAAUUUUCAAAGACACUUUUAGAAGAGAAUAUGACUUUUAGGGGCAUGAGGCUGAUGGUGUCGGUGUUGGCGUUGGCCACUCAUUCGCUGGCCGCGCCGUCCACUAGACCACAGGCGCAGACGGCCAAGUCGGCCGAAGAUCAGACUGCUCGGGACACGCUACUCGAACUCGCCGCGGCCCUGAUGACCGGUGGAGCCAUAGCGACGACGGCGGGCGGACGGAAAAAGGAAGUGCACUACCACAACGAUGAUCAAAGUCACAAGCCGCAGCACCACCACGCCAUUUCCACGUUAAUUCAUUUGUUUCUGACCAUCGGUAGCGCGUUUGCUCCGCUAGUGGGUGCCAUCGUCGGGCCAUUGUUGACCAACGUCGCGAACGGCAUAACGUGGGCCAUAUCGCACACGAUUGCUUCCGGAUUUUCACCUCCACACGGAUUAUUCUCGCCGGAACUCGGCCACGGAACCGAUCACAUCAAAGAACACCUGACGUCUUACGCUGCCGAAGGUCAACCCGAAACGGGCUCUGACGCGAUUCACCAAGUGCAGCAACCCGCCGCGGCUGUGGAACCGUCCGAGCCCGCGACGGUCGAUGACACCAGAAACGAAGUGAAGAAAACAUAACAUGAUGAUCCGCCGCAAACGAAUAUAUUACAGAAUACAGAUUAUAUAUAUCUUAUGAUCACGACGAAUACGGUUUCUUUUUUUCUGUAUAGGUAGUUUCUUUCACUGCGAUUGCAGUUUAAUUUAUUUUUAUAUAUUAUUGUUCGUUGAACCCAAUGUGAUUGUACAAAUACACUAAUAAAUAAUAAUUAAUUAUUUGUA